AUGGAGUCGUAUCUCGAGGAGACCUCUUACACCUUCUUCCCUAGCGUCGACGGCAACGCAGCAGGGUACAGCUUCGACUCUCAGUUGAUCCCGCAUCCAACUGAAGAUAGCCUCGACAGCUUCCUUUACCCAUUCUCAUUCCAAUCUUUCCAGACAAACUUGCCUUUGAUGGCUACUAGUCCCACUCUCACCGUAGAUACGGACUACACAUUCAACAAUGCCUUUGCGACUCCCUCACCACCUCCAGAGUUCUCGCCAAUGCCAAGCGAGCAGUUCAACUUCCCUUCUUCCCCAAGCAGUGGAAACAUUUCGCCGAGGUCACCGCCGAAAGAGCUGGAGGUUGAAGGAUGGGGCCCGGCAGACCUGCACCAGAUGGGCUACCUUGACGUCGCCGGCAACUGGCGUUGUCGAUACGCUGGUUGUUGCUCGUCCCGCGUUUUUCUAAGAGCGUGUGAUCUACGGAAACACUUCCGCGGUCACGCAAAGUACUUCUUCUGCACCGAGAAGCGUUGCCAGCAGGCGGGUGUGGGAUUUGCCACGCGCAAGGACUUUCAGCGACACAUGGGCUCUCAUAAGCCGGCCGUCCGGUGUUUGCAUCCCGACUGUGAUAGAAUCUUUAGCCGCAAGGACAAUAUGAGGGAACACUAUAAGAAGAUCCAUCAGCGGUUGCGAAACAAUCUGUUUCCUCGACGCUGCCGCCGCACCAGGCAAGGAGAGCCUCAGAAAGCCGCGUCGCCGGCAUCAAGCUGCUCAAGCUUUGUCAUGGACUCCUGA